AGUCAGUCGGCUCCGCCAGCCUCCAUCAGACAGACGCGGCACAGAGUCGGUUCACACUUCGCUGUCAGGCCAGCAACACGGGGGCUGAAGGACAGAGAAGAGCUGGGGUGAACUGAGAUUUGAUCAGGAAGUAAUUCAAAAAACAGCAGGAAAAAAUGUUGCAGCGGGCGGCAUCCAACGUGUCGGACAAGACAAAGAGCGGCAGACCAAAGCGCUCCACAAGCUUCGGCAAGUUCGAGGCUCUCAUGCAUCACUCGUCGCCGGCCAAACCAGAGGAGAACGGGACGAACGCGCUCGCGGAGGAAUGUGAAAGUCCGGACCCGAACAAGUCAGCCGGACUGGGGAAGAAGAUGAAGGCGAUCUCGCUGACCAUGCGCAGAAAGAUGGGCAAGAAACACGCCAAGUCGUUCGCCGAGGAGACGGUUGAUGACACAGACAGAGACCCCGAGGCAGAGGCAGAGAGCAGCGCCGCAGCUGAGAAGAGCUUUGCGAAGGCCAGCAACUCCCUAGAGAGUCUCUACAGUGGCCAGAGCACCUCCAGCGGUGUGACCAGCGAGUCCAACGUCUCCGGGCAGAAGGAGGGUCCGAGGCUGGAGGGGGGCGGCUCGUACCAGGGUCAGUUCUGCGGCAGAGCCCGCGUCCACACGGACUUCGUCCCCAGUCCGUACGACACGGAUUCUCUCAAGCUCAAGGUGGGCGACAUCAUCAGUAUCAUCAGCAAGCCCCCGAUGGGCAUCUGGACGGGAAUGCUGAGCAACAAGGUGGGAAACUUCAAGUUCAUCUACGUCGACGUGUUGGUGGAGAAAGACGAGGAGGAGGAGGAGGCGGAAGAGGAGGUCCCCAAGAUCCGACAGCAGAAGCUCUGCAAGAGACCUCGACCCAAAACGCUGCUGGAGUUACUGGAGCGGCUGAACCUGGAGGAGUACGCCUCGGCCCUGCUGCUCAACGGCUACCAGACGGUGGAGGACCUGAGGCACCUGCAGGAGAAACACCUGAUCGAGCUGAACGUCAUCGACCCCGAGCACAGACACAGGCUCCUCGCCGCUGCCGAGUGCCGCUACACAGAAGGUGAUGACGUCAGGGAGGCGGAGGAGGACAGGUCCUCCCACAGCCUCCAGGAAGAAGACAGCGACUGUCCCAGAGACUCCGGCUGCUUCAUCCCGUCGGAAUGUUCGGACAGCAAGGACGACGCGGAGCAGCUGACGGACGCCACACACUCAUAAUCUGCCCCCCCCCCCCCGCAGAUGGAUACUUUGACAUUUGAAAUCCAGACUUGGGUAUUAUUUUCUCUGACUGGUGGUUUUUCAAAAUGUCAUCUUAAUAUCCUUUGUUCCAAAAAGCCACGAACAACCAACUCUCUAAACGUCUCAUCUCCUCCACUUCAUCAAGAUCAUAAUAAGCUUGUACCUUUUCUUUUUUUUUUUAUUUGAGGUCGUUGACAAAGUGACAUUUCACUGAUUCAAUGUCACUUUUAUUUAUUGCAAAAAAAUCUAAAAUCGUUCAGCGUUAUUGCAUAUAAUGCCUUUUUUAUUUAUCACAGCUGCGUUUCCUUUACCUAUCUCGUCAUCUUUUUUCUUCUUCCUAUGAAUGAAGUGAUAUUGUUAAAGGGAUGUUUUUAUCUUAAAAUGUAGCAUCUGGGUUUGAACUAUGCAUAUUUAAAUCUCGCCUAUAAUGUAUACUGUACGACAUGUAUGUUAUUUUCUGAAUGUGUGUGUGUGUGUGUGUGUGUGUGUGUGUGUGUGUGAGAGAGAGAGAGAGAGCCUGAGAGUGAGAAUCAACAUUUG